AGAUAUACGUCGGCUUUGACAAAUAUCAAGGCGUAUUUUUGUCUGUUUAAGUGAAUAUCUUCGACUUAUGACAUUGCAGUGUAAAAUAUACAAAAACGUUAUUUUGACUUCUAACGUUCGUAUUUAAUCAUUAAGGACUCUUUUUAGACUAAAGGUGCUUAAUUAAAUGUAAUUGUAAACCAAAUGAAUAUCGCCAGCGGAAAAAUAGUCUCCGUAAGGAUAUCAUAUUUAUGUGGAAAGUAAAUAUAUUGCGACAAGGAAUUCGUAAGCGAAAAACAAGCAUUAAAAUAAAAUGAAUUAUAGUAAUACUACCACAAUCGAAGAUAUUAAUCGAGACACUUUUACUGCUAUGAGACCAGCGUUUAUUUUCAUCACUAUUUUGAUGCCUGUUGGUAUAUUCGGCAAUGCUAUAGCCAUGUACAUCUAUGGUUUUCGUUUCCAGAAAUUACCGGUUCAUAUUUUCCUAAUUUGUUUAGCUGUUUUUGAUAUGAUUGGUUGCCUUUUCGGAAUACCUCUAGAAAUGGUCGAAUUAUUGUAUCCUUUGAUGUAUCCCAACCGAACUCUUUGCAAGCUGGAAAGAUUCGUAAUAUACUACAGUAUCAGUACCUCAACUUCCACAUUGUUUGUGAUAGCAGUGGAGAGAUAUAACAAAGUUUGCCGCCACGAUAAACAACAACUUUCGGUUCGUCAAGCUAAAAUAAUGUCUGUGAUAAUUGGUUUCCUCUGCAUCGUAGUUGCCUUACCCGGUGUUUUGUUUUUCGAUAAAACAAAAAUUCCGAUUUCAUCAAAUUUAAAUGCUCAGAUGUGUGUUUAUACAUCUCGUUCUGAUAAAAUUUUUAAAAGUUAUUUUCUGAUAUCACUUUUAAUCGACAUAUUCAUUUUGGCAAUAAUGUGUCUAUUAUAUUAUCGCAUUUGGAAGGUAGCUAAAAAACAUUAUACACGUGCUAACUAUACGGAAAGUCGAAAUUUCGGAGAUGCGAAUGCCCACCAAAAGAACUUAAAAGCAUACACAAAGAUUAGACAAACCAAUAAAAUUCUGGUAUGCAUUACGGUCUUAUUUGUUGUUAGCUUGAUCCCUGGUCUAAUCCUCGGAAUUUUUUAUCCACUAAGAUACGCGGCGAAAAUUCCAGUAUUUGUGGAAUCUUUGAGACAAAUAGGCUUUCGAAUGUGGAUCUUUAACGGUGCAAUGAACCCUGUUGUCUACGGACUAUUAAACAGUCGCUUCCGUCAGAUUUUCCUAAAUUGUCUGCAAAAUAAGAGCAUCGUAUCUUCAGGUGCAUCACAAUAUUACCUAAACAUAUUUCAGAGUAGUACUGAUGGUACUAGUAAGACUAAUACCACCACAAUCGAAGAUAUUAAUUUUAACAUAUUUCUUGUUAUGCUACCAUCAAUUAUUCUUGUCUCUAUUUUGAUGCUUAUUGGUGUAUUCGGCAAUGCUAUAGCUUUGUACAUUUAUGGCUUUCGUUUUCUGAAACUACCUGUUCAUAUUUUUCUAAUUUCUUUGGCUGCUUUUGACAUGAUUGGCUGCUUUUUCGGAAUACCCCUAGAAAUAGUCGGCUCGUGUUAUCCUGUGAUGUAUCCCAACAGAAUUCUUUGUAAACUAGAAAAAUUUUUAAUAUUUUACAGUAGCAUUACUUCGGCUAUAACCUUGUUUGUGAUAGCAGUGGAGAGAUAUAAUAUAGUUUGCCGUCAUGAUAAGCAACAACUUUCGAUUCGACAAGCUAAAAUAACGGUUGUGAUAAUUUGUUUCCUUUCCAUUGUAAUUGCGUUAUUCGGUGCAAUAUUCUUCGAUAAAAUAGCAAUUCCUAUUUCGCCAAAUUUAGUUGUUGAGGUUUGUAUGUUCAAACCUGCUUAUGAGAAAUUUUUUCAAACUUAUUUCUUAAUAUACCUCAUAAUCGACUUAAUCAUUUUGAUAAUAAUGCUUCUAUUAUAUUACCGCAUUUGGAAGGCAGCUUGGAAACAUGCGAACUAUAUAGCAAGUCUAAAUUUGAAUAACAUGAAUGAGCAACAACAAAACUUAACAGCCUAUACAAAGAUUAGACAAACAAACAAAAUUCUUAUAUGCAUUACGUUCUUAUUUGCAUUUAGUUUUAUCCCUAGCCUAAUUUUCACAGUUGCUUAUCCACGAAGUGAUGUAAAACUUACAGAAGUUAUGGAAUCUUUGAGACAGCUGGGCUAUCGAAUGUGGUACUUUAACGGUGCAUUAAACCCCAUUGUCUAUGGAUUAUUAAACAGUCGCUUCCUAAUGGCAUUUACAGAAAACGUGACACAAAAUGAUAGCAUGAUAAAUCCCUUACAUACAACACGACCUGCUUUGAUAUUCUUGAUAAUAAUGAUGCCUAUAGGAGUUUUCGGAAACGUGAUUGUUCUGUAUAUUUAUGGAUUUCGCUUUAGGAAAUCACCUCUGAAUAUUUUUAUAUUUUUCCUGGCUAUCUAUGAUAGUUUGAGUUGUUUAUUUGGUAUCCCUCUCGAAUUAACAUCUAUAUUACACACCCUUGACUAUCCAAGCAAUAUACUUUGUAAGAUGGAUAAAUUUAUGGUAUUUUUUACUUGUACUUCGUCUGAACUAACUCUUUUGAUCAUUUCUCUGGAGCGAUACAACAAAGUUUGCCGGUUCAACAAAUAUCAACUUGAAAUACGUCACGCCAAAAUGUCAGCUAUCACCAUCAAUAUCAUUGCUAUUUUGAUAUCUGUACCACCAAUUUUGUAUUUCGACCGGAUUGACUACAAUGGACUGUCCAUUUGUACGUUCAUUGUACCAUAUUCAAAACUGCAACACUACUUUAUUGGAUUACUAAUUUUUAACAUUAUCAUAUUAGUCGUGAUGUCUGUUCUGUAUGUUUUAGUUAGACGUAAGGCUAAACAACGCUUCAGGGAAAAGAGCAUCUCACUACGGAAAAACGAUCAGGAAGAUUUUCGGAGGACAUUUUCUGGAAAGAAGAGAAGAAGUCGUCGUAUUAAUUACAUUAUAGCAAGUAUCACUGUAUUAUUUGUGAUAAGCUUUAUCCCUUCUUUGCUUUUAGGCGUAACAUAUCCUCUUUUGGAAAACAUUAAAUUAUCGCUACCAGUUGAGAGACUCCGACAAAUCGGCAUAAGAUUGUGGAUCCUAAACAGUUCUUUAAAUCCUGUUGUUUAUGGUAUGUUAAAUGCUCGUUUCCGGAAUGAAUUUUUGAAAAUUUUUAAAGAAUUAUUCAAUAUAAAGAUUUUCAAUAGUACUUCCACAACAGAUUCAACACUAGAAGAUUCUUCGUAAGGAGAAUGUCUCUGCUAUGAUUAGAAAUAUUGGAUGUAAGUCAGUUAUGACAGUCUUUCUUCAUUCUUGUGUUAUAUCAACAGCAUCUGACAAAAAUGUUCAUGAAUUUUCUCGUAUAUUACUACCACUACCAACCUGCAAAAAUAAAACAAAAAAAAAACGUCAAACUUUAUAUGUUGGUACUCUGUCACCAAUACCUUACACCUUUCUUCUAAACAAAUUUCGAGACACUUGUUUCGUCGAUUUCUCUUUAGCUUUCACCAUCCUCUUUCACUUAAGAUCUAAAACAUCAGCUUAUUUACAAACUCUGUGUGUGAGAGUGCUUGCGUAUGUGCGUGUAUGUGUGUGUGUGUACGGGGGCUACUGUGAAAUUCCUGGUUGGAGGCCUAACCUUCCGAAUUCUUUUACAGGGCUUAGAAAACUGAACGACCGCUACAAUAAGUGUGUGAAUCUGAGAGAAUAUGUUGAAUAAAAUCAUAAUUAACUGAUCCUCCUGUAUUUUCAUUUACCCAAAACUAAGAACUUUCUAGUACCUCCCCCACCACGUAUAUAUCACCUAUGUGUCACCAGUGACUGUGUAUAUUAGUUCUCUCGCAAAAUGCUUCAACAACGUUAUUGUUUACUGAGCCCAAGUUUGUUACGUAAAAUUAACUCUAAGUUUUUAUUAAUUCAUUAUAUUGGAUUAAAACACAAAUCCUAAACAUGCGAAUCACAUUUAGAAUAAACUAAAAGAGAUUUUA